CUCAAAGGGGCCUGCAGCUAGCCCUGAGCUCAAUUCUCACAGCUGCUACCAGAGCCCGGAAGGUCCAGGAUGAACGGCCUCCUCUUCCUCGCCACCAUCAGUCUGCUGGUUGCGGUUCAGAUACAAAUGGGAGUCUUGGGAGAUAAUAACACCAAUGUGAAUCCUAACGUGGCCGCUCCUCCUCGUCCUGCUCCUGUGACUACCAAGGAGGGAGCCCCAAAAACUUCUGUGGCCAAAAAAAACCCUCAGAAACCCCCAAAGGGUGGGGCCUCCUCACUCAUCGAUGUGGGUUCCCGCAGUUUCUUCUUCUUCGCCAACACCUUAAUGUGCCUCCUCUACCUCGGCUGAGGUGAUGAUGUUGCUUCUACAGCCCUGUGCUCCUCAAACUGCCGCCACCAUCAGUAGCAAGAGACACCCCAACCCAGUCUUUGGAAAGUGUUAACACCAGAGAGCCCAGGAAGUGAAAACUGACAGCCAAUGGCCAAAAUGGGGAGGUGCUGGUGGAAGGGGGCAAGUGACACGCAGCCGGGGCUCAAUAAAGUUCUACUUCUGCUUA